AUGAAUUUUCUCUCUCUGACAAUCCUGACAAUUGCCUCCUUCGCCAUCGCUUCGCCUACCCCUAGCCCUGCUACCGACAUUACUGGAGAACCAGGUCUUGAAAAAGGAUGUGACUGCCGCAUGCUAAGAGUACACAACAAACGUCUUCAGGACGCCGAACUAGCCUGCAAAGAAAGAUGUCGGGUUUUCGCCGGUACCCCAGGUGCACCCAUUUCCGAGGCUUUCUGUGAAACCGGUUGCUCCACCGCAUGGGAUGUGGUGUGA